GGGGAAGGGGCGAAAUUAAAUUAACAGCUUGGGAUCUCCUUAUCCGACUGCCAGUGCGCGUACGCCAUCUAAAUGAGCCAUUCCUACCAUUAGUACUCUUUUCUGCGUGGAUAAAAGGCUCCGAAACUCCAUUCCCUUGGGAGUCAGAUAUGGCAGCCUCGACCUAUAUCCCCAGAUGAUGUCGAUGAACUGCAACUACAGCAGUGCGAUGUUAGCCAGGGGGCAUUUGAUGAGUAUGCACGCCUGCAAGAAGAGAUGGUCUGGUCUACUGGACUCCCGAGUGAGCAGAUGCACAAAAGUGCAUUCAAGGCUUGGGAGAUGUGACUUAAUUGAUCAUUGCUGUCAAGUCAGUGUGUUACUAUGUAUUAAUCGAAUGUAGGCACUGUCAGAAGAUGUCCUGGGACCAUGUUUAGCCUUGGUUGGAUUCCUA